AUGAGAGCUCCCACGAAGUACAUUUGCUUUCUAAUGUUUCUUAUGAUUCUAAGAAUUGCUGGGGUUUUUGGGGCGGGUGAAUGUGGGAAAUCAUCCAUUGACAAUGAGGUUAUGAGGCUAGCUCCCUGUGCAUUGGCAGCACAUGAUGAGAAAGCUGAAGUCUCAGAUAAGUGCUGCACUGUGGUGAAAGAUAUCGACGUAUGCUGCCUUUGUGCCAUCAUGCUUUCCAAUGUAGCUAAGAGUUCAGGAAUCAAGCCAGAAGUUGCAAUUACCAUACCUAAAAGGUGCAACAUUGCUAAUCGCCCUGUUGGUUACAAGUGUGGAGCUUAUACAUUGCCUUGAAGACUGAAGUUCCCAAGUCAUUUGUGCCUGAGAAUGUGAAGUAGAUGCAGAUUGUAUGUUAGUUAUUACUAGUGUGCUGAGAUUGUAUGUUAGUUAUUACCAGUAUGCUGAGAUUGUAACCUUCUAGCUGCUUCAUCUAUCUUAAUCAUUUCACUGUGACAUCUAGGCACUUGAAUAACAAUAAUAAUAAAAAUAAAUAAUGACUUGUUGGUUCUU